GGUUGGGCAGAGAGCUGGAAAAAUAGCAACGGCUGAGGAGCACAGCUGGGGAAGGAGGAGGCCAGGCUGGAGCUAAAGCGAGUCGCUGUGCAGAGGAAUGGGCGACGUUUGAUCGGAGAAGGUUCUCUACAAACCAGGAGAGACGUCAGUGAGUCAUGGAGGACUGUAGUAGCCUCAUAGAGUUCGAUGUACCUGAGUUCAGCAACACCGUCCUGAACCAGCUCAAUGAGCUCCGUCUCCAGGGCAAGCUCUGCGACAUCAUUGUGCACAUUCAGGGCCAGCCAUUCCGAGCCCACAAGGCCGUCUUGGCCGCCAGUUCACCGUACUUCCGUGACCAUUCGGCGCUAGGCACGAUGAGCGGCCUCUCCAUCUCUGUAAUCAAGAGCCCUGAGGUGUUUGAGCAGCUGCUGGCCUUCUGCUAUACUGGCCGCAUGUCAUUGCGCCUACGUGAUGUCAUCAGCUUCCUUACGGCUGCCAGCUUCCUCCAAAUGCAAGCUGUGAUUGACAAAUGCACACAGAUUCUUGAGGGUAUUCACUCGAAGAUCAGCAUCCCUGUGCCUGGUGGAACCGAUCCAGAUGAUGAGUGCACCACCUCAAGGGCUGGACGGAAUGGUGUGAAAGACGGAGGAAUCUUUGUAAACCCCACCCAGAUUUCACCGCCUUACUAUUCUCGACAAAAUCAUUGCGCGGAAGGGCGGAGCUCAGGUAAGGGAGUGGCAGAAGAGGGUCAAUCAGACCGAGGGAGCAGUGACGGGAUAUCUGAGCAGGAGACAUCCAUGGAGGUCGAGACGGAACAAGUAGACCUCAUCGGCAAAGACGGACAGGUAACCGACGUCCAUAUCAAGCUGGAGAAAACCGACCGGCCCACCUACUCUGAUAGCUCGUCGGCAGGUGAUGACGGCUAUCAUACAGAGCUAGUGGAUGGUGAACAGGUGUUGGCUGUCAGCGUGGGAUCCUAUGGGCCUGUGCUUUCCUCAGCCGGAUACACUUACUCCGCACUACCUUCCUCCUGUUUCGUCAGCCUGAGUUCUUCUAGCCCAUCUCGUUCCUUGCUCAGCAGCGUCCGAGGUGGUCGUGCCCGCCCGAAACGUCCCGUGCCUCUUCCAGCCGAUCUGCUAACUCAGCUCAAGCCCAGUGCCGACGAAGGAGAUGCACCCGCGACGGCAGCGACCCUCGAGAACGACAUAAGGGAGCGGAGUUUCCGUGGACAGUGGUACCCCUACAACGAGCGCCUCAUCUGUAUCUACUGCGGCAAGUCCUUUAACCAAAAGGGCAGCCUGGACCGCCACAUGCGUCUGCACAUGGGCAUCACACCCUUCGUCUGCAAGUUCUGCGGCAAGAAGUACACCCGCAAAGAUCAGCUAGAGUACCACAUCCGCGGCCACACGGACAACAAACCCUUCCACUGCCAGAUCUGCGGCAAAUGCUUUCCCUUCCAAGGCACACUCAACCAGCACUUGCGCAAGAAGCACAUGACCUCUGGCACAGAAGUCAACAAUCACACUGACUUGCUGGCAGAGGCACCAGAUGCCCAGAGAGGGGAGCAAGAGGAUACCUCCGAGGGCGAAGCAGCCUGCGGAGCAGCUUACCCUGAUGAUUUGUCAACAAAAACCCCCAGCGAAGAAAGCGGCAAGUGUACUCCGGAAGAAACCCCUGCGUCCAAACCUCUGCGUGGAUACUGAGAAAAAAGCUUGUUCCUUAUCUAAUAAGGAAGCUUAAAGGGUUACUCUUUUCACGAUGAAGCCCAGCUGUUUUUAAAGAACGACAAGAAAUAACCUGCCUUGCGCAUUUUCUACAAGUCCAUUUUUGUGGAAGUUCUACACAGGACUAAGAUGGAGAGAAGAGUUUUUAAGGAGUUUUUCAAAGGGAAGGAGUCCUAUAAUCGGGGAAUUAAAUAACCGGGGUGGAGGUCUCUGUAAUCAAGGCCUCCUAAGAGUUUUAUCACAUUUUUAUAUAUCUAUAUAUAUAUAUAUAUAUAUAUAUAUUUCCAUGUUUUUCAACAUAUUUACAGAGUAAUAUAGGCAUGUUGCAAUAAUGAAUAAUGUGAAAGCUCAGAUGAGAUGCUCGUCAUAUCACGCUUUUACCUGACCUGUUUUUGCACAUGUGGCCUGUAGUAGGCCACUCACUCACGAGGAAUGGUUUAUCUGCCAGUGCAAGGCUCUUUGUGACAUAUCCGUUCAAUACCUCAUUAUACAACCUCAACAUACUCAUAAUGGACAGUAUUUGUAGCUUGUCAACUCCAGCCAGGUUUUACCUCAUAGCAAAGAACCUGAAAGGAGGGGAAGAUGCUUCUCUCAGUAAAGUCACAUUGUUUAGUUUCAUAGGGUUUGAAUGCUACGGUAAAACCCUUGAACAAAACAUCUCCACUCUACCAAGGCUUGAUACUUCAGUGAAAUAUUCCUUAGUGAUUGUAUUGAAAUCUGGAUUCAUCUUGUUCAGUUUUCUUUAGCAGCCAUGUUGCAUAUGUCUGUGAGACUAAUGUUAGUACAAGGUGAACCUGUGGUGUAUUUUCAGGAUCCAGGAUCUGUUUUAUUUUUUUAUUUUGUAUUUUUUUUAAUUGCCAUAUUUUUAGUAUAAUCACAGUCUGUCAUUCUACACUCUUUCUGUAACAUUAUCCAUUUGUGACCUGGGACCAUAAAACCAGUCAUAAGGGUCUUUUUUUAAUUAAUUGAGAUUCAUACAUCUUCUAAAUGCUGUAUAAAUAAGCUUUCCAUUGAUGUAUGGUUUGUUAGGAUUCCAGAUUUUGAAAAUCUGAAAUCUGAGAGAAAAUCGCCUUGUCCAAAUGUCCAACUGUCCAAGUUGUCCAAAUGAAGUUGCAAUGCUUAUUACUAAUCAGAAGUUAAAUUUUGAUAUAUUUACGGUGGUAAAUUUACAAAAUAUCUUCAUGGAACAUGAUGUCUGCUUAAUAUAUAAAGAUUUUUGACAUAAAAGAAAAAUGUAUGAUUUUCACUCAUACAAUGUAUUUUUGGCUAUUGCUACAAAUAUACCUGUGCUACUUAAGACUGGUUUUGUGGUCCAGAUCCACAUCGGUUUCAGUAUAAAAUCAACAGUGUAAUCACUGAUUAGUGCUAGAGUAGCAGCACAGUCAACAAUAGUAUUUAGUUAAGGAAUCUUGUCUUUUGUGCCAAGUCUCUUUCUUUCCUUUUCUUCUCAAAAUCUAGCUUUUAAUUCUAAAAACAAUGUUAUUUUAUGGUUUGUACUUUCCCAAACACCAGUAGGGAGGGUGUGCCUUUAAAAUGAACGUUUAAGUUAUAUAUUAAUAUAUAUUCUAAAAAUGGAGCGGGAGUCAUGCAAGUUAUGAAAAUUGCCUUAGGGCCAUACCGCCAUGAGAAGAAGGGGGGGAAAAAACUUCUUGGUGAAAUAUUUAUAGCGUUAAUGUACACACUCGAUCAGCUCUUCAAUUUUAAACAGCUCUUCUUGUGUUUAGCUUGAAAGACCUUUUGCUUUCUUAUUUUGUGUAUGUGGAACAGACAGCUGUGAGAAGAAGCUCUCUUUGGCUUCUCACACUUGUGCAUCUGUCGAUGUACAGACCAAAAUGUAUGGUGUUUCAAUACAGAAAUGUAUAAUCGAAGAAGAUUCACUUACUGCCGGUAUGCGUUUGCUAAUGUUAAGUAGUAUGGAGGUGUAUUGUUUAUGGUGGAGGUGUAGUGUAAUGUUUCAUACUACAAUAGAGCAGUAAUAAGAUAAACCUGCAGUGUUGUGGGCACUUUUAUACAUUUAGUAUUGUGAAGAAAGAGACCUGGAUGCCUGUUAUCUCCACAACAUCUCUUCCCAUCCAUUUUCAUUAUGUAACUGGUGCAAAACGUCAUACCUCAGUUUUUUUUUUUUUUUUUUUUUUUUUUUUUUAAUGUGUCUUUUCUUGACCUGUGAUUGAAUAAGGCUCCUUGUUGUCUCGCAUGGCAAUUUUAGAUAUGUUUUUUUUAUUUCUUAUCACCACACUGUCUUAUUUGAAUCAUUCUGACGAAUAAGCGGCUACAUACGAUGCAAAACGAGUGUUUUGUCGAGAGCAAUACACUAGAUUCACUACAGUCGAGCAUCUGCCUCCUGACUGUCUGCAGUAUAUCUGAUUUAUAGUUCUCGAUGCUCAGACAGAUUAAAACAUGCCUCGCUUUUACAAGAUUCAAGUGCUUUCAAGUUUGCCUGACAUACCAUUUGGAUAUUUGCUUUACCACACCCUAUAUAAGUUAACUUAACAACCAUCAGCCAAGGAUAGUUAGCAUAAGUAGCGUUACCUUUUGUCUAGAGACUGCGGUAUUGUCAUUCCAAGACAGCUCCUUAAUUCUGCGAAACGCAACGGGUAUCACGCCUUGGACUAAACUUGUUUCUGAAAGUUCGUUAAGUUGAAAUACACAUUAUGGUGCUGUUAUGUGUUCAUUUUCAGUUUGUCACUUCAGUGGUGUUUACUCAUAGCAUUUUUAAACCUCCAUUUAUAUCACUGUCAAGUAUUUCCAGAUUGAACUUCAGGACUUCUGCCCUUUCUUUAAAAUCAUUUAUUUUGACUCAAAUUGCAAAUUUUAGAAUGCUAUAUUAGUGCCAUUAAAAUCUCUUCAUGUGCUUGUUUUAGUGGCAGAUGAGUGAGAUGAAGCUUCCGCUUUUAUUUUAGCGCUUUAAAAUCAUGGCAGUUUUAAACAAUGAGCCAAUGUGAUAACUCUGUUAUUACAGUUAACAAGAGCCAAAACUCUGAAUGCAGAACACCUUGUACUACUGACAGCAUGUUUGGUGUCGUUCUGUGACAUGAGAUGCCAUGUAUGCCAUUUGAAACAUUGUAAGCCUGACUGCUUUGUUCCCUGAACAUGUUUCGAUUUGCUCUGUUCCUUAAUAUUCCCGUUCAUCUUGGAUAAUGUGAACGUGACUUUGGCCACUAACCAAAGAGCAAACCAAAAAUUGUAAAGGGUUUGUGUAGUAUGUUGCACAGCGGACAAAAGAGAGACCAAAACCAAGCCCUGGAACAAAUGAAUCUGUUUUAGAGGUGUCAGUAGAUCUUCUCCGUCUCAUUUCCCAGCCUCAUGCUGGCUCUAACACCUGUCGGGAUUUUAUAGCAUUGGCUGUCGUUUAUUUCACACAUUGGGGUUCAGUAGGUUUUGGUGAGAUGAUGUUUUACAAUGAGCGAAGCUCUAAGCUUUAGCAUUUGAUGAACAGAUUUUGGAUGUCAUUCUAUGGUCUUUGAAGAAUGAUGGUACAAUUUUUAUUUUUUAUUUUUUGUCAAAGAUGAUUGAACCGGUGCCUUGAUGUGAAACAGGCUUCACUGCUAUUUGGGCUCAGUAGGAUUUUUUUACUGUUUUUUGUUUUUUUGUUUUUUUUUUUUGAAAGAAAUUCUUAUUUUUUAUUCAGAAAGAAUACAUUCAAUUGACCCUUCGCAAACAACUUGACUGACAGGUUAUCUGACCAAUCAUAAUGCCGCCAUUCUAUCCGACAAACAAAUCACACAGAGUAGAUUAACUUUGGUGGACUUAACCUUGAAAAAAUUGUGUGUAUUGACGUUUUUCCACAGUUGAAAUAAAAUGCGUUCUGAAAUUCAUUCAGGAUUUUUUCGUGCUUUAAGUAAAGAAGAAAAGAGGAUUGGCUCACGUUUAGGUUGAUCCAAUAAGGUAACGGCCGUUUACACCAAGAAGGAUAACUAUAUCUAGAAAGCUAACGUUCUUAAUAUCAUUUCAAAUUUAGGAGAUUGUAAUAGAGAGGAAUGAUAUCAUUGGGAUCACUUUCAGAACUAUUUCUUUACAGCUGAUGAACGAUAAAACACUGAACAGCUAAUCAGACUUUAUUCAAAUGUAAAGGGCGACAUUGUAGAAAGGCAAACAGACACUGCACAGCAAACAGAAACAUAAAACAUAAAAUUACCUCAGCAAUUAAGCGUUAGUUUGGACAGCAUUGUCUUGCCUCCUUUGAAGUUGCAGUAGAAAAGAGUACGUAUUGUUUUUAUUCCAUUACACUGACUACGUUAGAGAUCAGAUAGUUUACGCUAGAUUCACUGUGAGAUGCGCUUGAAAUGUGCGUGCUGAGGAGAUCUACUGGUUGAAGUCGUGUAAAUGCAACAAAAACAGACGUUUACUGGUGUGGACUCAAAUAUAGUUAUUUUUGUGUGUAGUGUGAGAGCAUCAUUGUUUGUCGAACAUAGCAAGAGUAACUACGGAAGGUGGGUUUUUGCGAAGGGUCAAUUAAUCAAAAGUGCCACUAAAGACAUUUGUAAUGUUACAAACAGUGUUGGGGGUAAUGCAUUACAAGUAACGCAAGUUACGUAAUCAGAUGACCUUUAACUUUCAAGUAACUAGUAAAUAACGCAUUACUUUGAAAUUUACAAGAAAAUAUCAAACAAAGUUACUGUUUUCCCAUUUAUUGACUGAGAGCUCUUCUGUCCCCAUGUUGAGAGAAAUCAGAAAUAAGUGCAGAGGCACUUCCUUCCGCUGGAGGCUUAUUUGUUUCACUUUUGGCCUUACGGGAAAUGGCCUUCACAGUUGCCAAAAAUAUAACUUGAGUUUUUUGUUAUUAAAAAUAAAUAAGCAAGCCCAGCCCAGGUGACCGAAAAUAAUGCGAAAGUAACAUAAUGCAUUACUUUACAUAAAAAUAACUAAAUAAGUAAUGCAAAUAUUUACUUUUUUUAUGGAGUAACACAAUAUUGCAAUGCAUUACUUUUAGAAGUAAUUUUCCCCAACACUUAUUACGAUUUUAUUUUUAUUUCAAAUAAAUGCUGUUCUUUUAAAGAAAAAUAUGGUUUUCAACAAUAAUAAGGUCAUGUGACUCUGAAGACUGGAGUAAUGAUACUGAAAAUUCAGCUUUGCCAUCACAGAAAUAAAUUACAUUUUUAAAUAUAAUAAAAUAGAAAAUAGUUCAUGUAAAUUGUAAUAACAGUAAUUUUACAAUAUGACUUUAUUGGUUAUUGCAAGCAAAGGAGACUUUCAAAAACAUUAAAAAGUCAUACUGACCCCAAACCUUUGAAUAGUAGUGUAUGUGAAUCACUUACACCGCAGUGUUUUUUUUUUUUUGUUUUUUUUCUUUUUUUUGUGUGUGUCGCCAUGCAAGAUUAUGGGAAUGAGAUGAGGGGUUCCUUCAAAGAAGGUGAAAAUGUUUGUUAUUUUUGGAUGCAUCAAUGUAUCAGCCUGGUCUUUUGUAAAAAAAAAAAAAUAUUGAACUAAUGGUAAUAUGCAAAAGCAAUAUACCUGUUAGAUCGUAACUGAGACAUGCAGUAAGGUUUCUCUCUGUAUAGUUGCAUUUGUUCUAUUCUGUAUCAUUCUUUUUUUUUCUGGGGAAACAUCUUAUUUGUAGGGGAUCGAUAUGCAUUGAAGCGACAGAGAUUUUCAUUGUGCAGUUUCGACUAAAAGCGAUUAUGCUGAAAUAAUAAAACGGGACAAUCAGCUUCGCAAUACAGAAGCUUCCUCUUAAAAAUAAGUUAAAAAAUUAAUAAUUUUUUUUUUUUGCUUGGCUAUAAUCUCAUCAGAAUGAUGAUGCUUUCAGGUUAGCAGAUCGCUGUAUUAUGUAUAUUGUUUGGUCUGAGGGGGGAAAUAUGCAUGCCGGCCCACUUAUUGUUCAAGUAGAAUUGCAUGGUGCCCUCCGCGGUGUAAUACGAAACUACAGAUUACUUUUUGUUUUUGUCUUAAAACUUGAAAGUGAUUUCAUUUAUAGCUAUAUCUCUUUUGUGAUAUUUCACCUGGCAUGCACUUAAUGAUUUUUUUUUUUUUAUUUUAUUAAUAAUAAUAAUAAAUAAAUGUAUUCCAUAAGGGAUUAUUAAUUGACCAUGUAAUGCUCCCAACGUCUGGGACUCAUAAGGCCUCAAAUAUUGUAUCGCUUGGGAUGUGUUUCCCUUUUAAUGGUGCUUUACGACUGGUCAGGUUUCUUUUUGUUUUUUUUUAAUAAUGUGUAAGCAAAAAGAUGUUAAAUCGGUGAUAUGGGGUUAACGUACACUUGUAAAUGAUUUGAUGAACUGUACUAAUAGAGUCCUACUCCGCCAACUGACCUAGAUACUCAUGGUCCAUAUUCACUCGCUUUGUUCGCAUCAAACCAGUUCAGUUUGUGCCAUGCACAAUAAUCAAAAAAGAAGUGUUUACAGGGAAGGCUGUUGGACUACUUUUUGAUUGUGCAGCUCGUCCUUUUUAACUGUUGAAAACUGUUGACUUACUUCAGGUAGUUUAUGAACACUGAGCUAAACCUAGAGAUAUUGAAGAAAAGGAAAUCUUGAAGUCUUCCAUUGGUUCUCCACUUCCAACAUGUCUUCACUGUGUAAUAUGCAAAAGCAAUAACCUUUUUAAGAGCCUUUUUUUUUCUUUCUUUGGAGUCUGUCUGCCUCUCAGAUUGCAGGAGGAUUUGUGUCUCAAAAUGAAUGCUUUCAGGAUGUCAGGGAGCUGAGGUCAUUUAUGGCAAGGAGAGGAUCUUUUUUUUUUUUUUAAGAUAAACUUUUAUGUGAAAACUCGGACAGGUUGGGCAAAUAUGCUUCUACAGAGUGGCUUUUUGUUUUUGUGGUUGCCACAGUCCACAUUCUGUUUGUACUUCAUCUACCUGUCACCUCAAUGUCACUGGUGAAAAGCUGCAUCUUUUUUUAUCUGUGUCAAAUAAGAAAGGGAUCUCUAAGAGAUGUAACCUGCCGCUAUGGUAUACGCUAAAGAUCUUCUUUCUUCAUGCAUCGAGAUUGAACAGGCCAAUCAGAAUUAUUAAAAGAAUAGUUCACACAAAAUUGAAAGUACGAUACCAGUCAAAAGUUUUUGAACAGUACGAUUUUUAAUGUUUUUCUGCUCUCCAAGCCUGCAUUUAUUUGAUCAAAAGUACAGCAAAAACAGUAACAUUUUGAGAUAUUUUUUAUUUUUUUAAAUAACUGUUUUCUAUUUAAAUAUAUUUUAAAAUGUCAUUUAUUCCUGUGAUUUCAAAGCUGAAUUUUUAGCAUCAUUACUGCAGUCACAUGAUCCUUCAGAAAUCAUACUUAAUAUGCUGAUUUGCUUCUCAAAAAACUUUAUUAUGUUGAAAACAGCUGAGUAGAUGUUUUUCAGGAUUCUUUUGUAGCAUUACAAAUGUCCUUAUCAUCACUUUUAAACCAUUUAAAGCAUCCUUGCUAAAUAAAAGUAUUAAUUUCUAUAAUUUGGCUUUGAUCACAAGAAUAAAUUACGUUUUAAAAUGUAUUCAAAUAGGAAACGAUUAUUUUAAAUAGUAAAAAUAUUUCACAGUUUUACUGUUUUUGCUGUGCUUUGGAUCAAAUAAAUGCAGGCUUGGUGAGCAGAAGGGACUUCCUUAAAAAACAUUAAAAAUUGUACUGUUCAAAAACUUUUGACUGGUAGUGUUUGCUUAAAAUUUACUCACCCUCAGACCGAUGGUUCUUCAUUUAAAGAAAUUUAGCAUUUUUUCACUUGCUCAGCAGUGGAUGCUCUACAGUGAAUGGGUGCCAUUAGAAUAAGAGUUCAAACAGCUGAUAAAACUUCACAAUUUACAAUUAAUCCACAUGACUUGCAUAAUUUAUAAUUCAAACUCUUCCACCGAUGUAAUUGUCCAUCCCCUAUUGUCUUUUCACAUCAAAAUCCACUGACAUAUUUGUGUAAAUUGUUUUAGACUUUCGCAUUUAAACAGUGCUUGAUCUCUGCGUAUUUCUCUCCUGAUUCAGACUAGACGACUUUAUGGAUAGCGGUAUUAUGGAUAAAGGACUUGCAUUUUAGCUAGAAGCAUUGGUUUGAAGUUAAAACGUUGUGGUGUAGAUUGAUGAGAUGUUUGUAUCUGCUGUUUGGACUUACAUUAUGACGGCACCCAUUUACUGCAUAGGAUCUGUUGGUGAGCAGGUGAUGCAAUGCUUAGUUUCUCCAGAUCUGCUCUGAUGAGGAAACAAAGCUACGUCUUGGAUGGCCCCAGGUUGAGUACAUUUUCUAUUUUUGGUGACUAUUUGAAUUCAAACUUGUGUAUUCGGGACAUUGCAAAAAGAAAAAAAGUAGAACUCAGGGUUUACUAGUAUUCAGAAAAUGCCAUUUUGGAUACGCAGUGAUCUUUGUGUGUCCAAAACUAAGCUUGCACUUUUACUUCAGGUGGGGAAACAAUUCCUCAGUCAUUAGUUCCCAAAACAGUCUGCCUCAUAGGUGUAGUGAGAUGCACCUAAAUGUUUCUGUUCUUGCUUUUCCCGAACGCAUGGGACUUUCACUGCGGAGGAAAGCAGAUCUUAAGCUCCUAUUGUGUAAGUAGCAGUCUGUCCAACCUUCUGUCAAUCCACUAUACGUACAACCUCACAACCCAACUGUGAACCUCAGAACUCUACUGUUUUAUACAACUAUGAAGUACAUGAAGCUAGCUGACGCCGAUGCUGUAACAAUUAACUCGCCAUUUAUGAAUUUUAUUUUAUAGCAUGAAAUAUAAAGUUAUAUUUAUUCAAAUGAUAUAUUUUACUCAUAAUCAUUCUGUGCUGCUUUUUAUUUUCGUUCUUAAAGCUUGUAUAUUGCUUUUUUAUGAUACAAAGAAAUGUCAAUAGAUAAAAAAUGCAUUUGUUUGUACAAUAAAGAUGCUGAUUUGGCAAAAUGUC